GUGUGCCCAGACCCGGGGAAGCGCCGGAAGAGGAAGCUUUGAGCUUGGCCUUGGGAAGCCGCCGGGGGCCGUGGGGGGCGGACAGGUGCGCAGCGCCUGGGCGGCGAUGCGGAGCCGUUGGGGUGCCCCGGGCUAGCGAGGCUCGUGAGGCACCAUGGGGCUGCUCGGGCCCCUGCUUCUGGCUCUAUUGGGGCUAGGGUUGGGGCUGGCUGCUGCGGCGGAGACCUCGGUGAAUGCCAGCUUAGGUCUUGAAUUUUCUUUGGGAGAAUUUAGAGACUUCAUGCUCAACAGGCCCUUCCCAGAAGAAGCCAUAUUGCGUCAUAUUACAAGCAAUGUCACAUUUAUAAUCUUCCAAGUGCAUUCUCAGUAUGAGAACAUAACAAUCUCUCUCUCCAAGAAUCCUCUUCCAGAUGCUUCAGGGACAGGUGUGGACAAAGGCCUAGUUUCCAUUCUUAAACCAGAACAGAGUAAUUGUUCUUGGUACUUGGAGAUUUCAGAUGCUGAUAAAGUCCGGAGUGUGGCUGUUCCACUUUCUUAUUCAGAAAAAGAUCCUAUCCCUGGAGGCUGUAAUCUGGAGUUUGAUUUAGAUGUGGAUCCUAACAUUUACUUGGAGUAUAAUUUAUAUGAAACAGUUAUCAAAUUUGCUCCAGCAAAUCUAGGAUAUGCCAGAGGCAGAGAUCCUCUACCCUGUGACUUGGGGACUGGCCUGGACUCCCGGUGGAGGCUGGAGUAUGAUGUCUAUCAGUAUUUUUUGCCUGAGAACAACCUCACUGAAGAGGUACUACUAAGACACAUGGAGAAGAUGUCUAUGGUGUCUCAGGUAGAAGCCAAUGGUUUCAAAGUUGCUACCCUAAAAUCUAGUGAUAAGACCAUUGUUUACUUCUCAUCUGUCCCAGGACAGGGUGUAAUUUAUAAUGUUAUUGUACGGGACCCGGUUUUAAAUACAUCAGCUGCUUACGUUCCUGCUCACACAUAUGCCUGUCACUUCAAUGCCAUCCUAGAUAAUUGUUCUUCUCUUGGAAGGCUUUCAACCAAAGUAUUUUUCACCAUUUUUGCUAUCCUUGGUCUCUUCAUUUGUUUCUUUGGACACAGAUUCUGGAAAACAGAACUAUUCUUCAUAGGCUUUAUCUUCGUGGGAUUCUUUUUUUAUAUACUGAUUACAAGACUAACUCUGCUUCAGUAUGAUGAUCGACUGAUUUUGACUGCAGUUGCUGGAGGCUUUGGUGGAAUUCUCUUGGUAAUGAUUUGGUGGAGAUUUGGGUUGAUCCUGAUUUGCAUGCUCUGUGUUGGACUAGUACUGGGAUUCUUCAUCUCAUCAGUGGCUUUCUUUACUCCACUAGGAGAUUUGAAGAUUUUUCAUGAUGAUGCUGUGUUCUGGGUGGCUUUUUCUUGUAUGACCAUUUCAAUUCCAGUAGUUUUCAUAGGUUGUUUAAGAAUCCUGAACAUACUAACUUGUGGGAUUACUGGCUCCUACUGCGUGGUCUUAGCCAUUGACAGUUAUUUUUAUACCAGCCUUUCAUACAUCACUUUGAAUGUACUUAAGAGAGCAGUCAACACCAAUUUCAACAGAGCUUACACCAACGUGCCUUUUCAAACUAAUGACUUUGUUAUUCUGGCUAUCUGGGGAAUGUUGGCAGUGAGUGGAAUUACAUUACAGAUCCGGAGAGAGAGGGGACGACCAUUUUUCCCUCCCCACCCGUAUAAAACGUGGAAGCGAGAAAGGGAGCGCAGAGUCACCAACAUUCUGGAUCCCAGCUACCACGUUCGUCCACUAAGAGAGAGACUCUAUAGCAAAUUAGUACAGUUUAAGCAGCUCUUUCAAGAGGAGGAGGCAGCAGGAGAAAGAACGCCUCUGCUACUGUGACAGAGAUGCCCUCUCAUUGCUUCCCUUUUAUCCAAAGGACUGAAUCAGUAUGAACAUUUGAAGCAAUGUUUGUCAACUGUGGUGCUAUGCCUUGAUUGCUUAGGAAAUCCAGAGUGUCUGAAGGCCAGACAGCUUGUUGCCUGGGAUAUCAUGUUUGUCUCCUUGUGCUUGUUAACAAGGUUUGAUGAACCUUUAGGACAUUCUAAUAAUAAAGCAUCAUUCAGAGGCA